AUGCUCGCAGCUGAUUAUGAAGUAAUUUGUCUGACUGAGACAUGGUUAAAAUCAGGUGUAUUCAACAAUGAGCUAUUCACUGAUAGCUAUAAUCUUUAUAGAAGAGAUCAAGAAACAACCAGUUCCAAUAAAAAAGAUGGUGGCGGUGUACUGAUCGCCGUAAAAAAGACCCUGGAAUCAAGAAGAUGUCAGCAACUAGAAUCUGAUGCCAAGCAUGUGUGGAUAUCAGUUGGUCCUAAGAAUAGUGAAACUGUUUUCAUUUACUGUGGACUCUUCUACUCUCUCUACGACGUGUAACAUAAAUAAUCCUACUGAUCAUCCACAAUGUAAUACGCUGUUGCAGGUCAAGUCAUGUAUGUACCUAUAAAGUCAACAGUAAUGGAAUUCUGAGAAGUGACAAAAUUAUUGUUUAGACGGAAGCUAUUAGCUGUGC